AUGCCCAUUCCUGACUUUAUAGCCAAGUAUAAAAGCAUGGAACCCAACAACUUUUGUCAUAUGUUCCGUGAUCAUUGCCUAGCUGGGAGACUUAUGAGCAAAGUAUAUUCAUCAGACGUUAUAACGUAUGAGUUGGUUGGUUUUGGUGGACAGAUUCAGGUCAAGGCUUUUCCAAGGUUUGCUUUUGUAUCAGAAGAUUACUUUCUUGAGGUGCAUUCUGAUUUGAGAGUUGGAGACUAUGUUUGUUUUAGAGGGUUUCCAGCAAUUAUCGCAAGAAAGCUGUGUAUGGUGCCACAUUUAGUCAGGCGUUUGUCGUAUUGUCUUUAUAAGAUGCCACCCAUGCUGCCCGUUAUGGAGGAGUUUGAUGCAUCAACUCCAGAAAGUGGUGGGUCUCCCGGUGCUUAUAUCUUAAAGGAUCAGGUAUUCAAUACUAGCGUCAUGCAAUAUGUAACUCCACAGUUAGUGAACAGUUUAUCGAUCCUUUCAAGAAUAAAUUCCUCGAUUUUAGGAAAUGUCCCAUCUUUAGCGUGUCAAAUGGGCUUAAGUCUGUUGUGAUAGAUAUCAGGGCCAAUUGGUUUCAUUUGGUCAAAUAAUAUGAAUCAAACUGUAUUUUAUAAUGAAUAAAACUGCUUAAUGACAUUUCCUUAUAAAA